AUGUACCGCCAAGGUCACCUCGGCCUCGUGAAAUCCGAUAAGAAAGCCGCGAAGAUUUACCGGCGCGCCGUGGAGCUCGGCAACGUGGAGGCGAUGACAAACCUUGGGUUUUUGUACGAGCAUGGAAGUGGCGUCAAGCUGGACAAGAAGAAGGCGGAGGAGCUGUAUCGCACAGCCACAGAUCGGGGCUCUGCGCUCGCGCAAUACAAUUUAGGGCUUCUACUUUAUUCCGAGAAGAAAUUUGAAGAAGCGUUGCGGUACUUUGCGCUCGCGGCGGAUCAAGGCUUUAACUUGGCAGAGAACAGCAUUGGCCUUUGUUACAGGCUCGGAAGAGGCACGGAAGUCGACCUCGGCAAAGCCAGAAACUGGUACGAGCGCGCCGCUGCCAAGGGCAACGAGAAAGCUAUAGAGAACCUCGCGCGCCUCGACGCGCGAGUGCCGGAAGCAAUUUCGUUUUUGGGAGACGCGUACCGCUAUGGUGACUUCGGCCUUGUGAAAUCCGAUAAGAAAGCCGCGAAGAUCUACCGUCGCGCCGUGGAGCUUGGGGACGUAGAAGCAAUGGGACACCUUGCAAGAUUGUACAGUGACGGAAGUGGCGUCAAACUGGACAAGAAGAAGGCGGAGCGGCUGUAUCGCACGGCCGCAGACCGGGGCGACGCAGACGCGCAAUGCAAUUUAGCGGCUUUACUUGAUUCUCAGAAGAAGUUUGAAGAAGCGUUCCGGUACUACGCGCUCGCGGCGGAUCAAGGCCAUACACGUGGAGAGCAUAACCUUGGCUGCUGUUACAUGGACGGAGAAGGCACGGAAGUCGACCUCGGCAAAGCCAGAUACUGGUUCGAGCGCGCCGCUGCCAAGGGCCACGAGAAAGCUAUACAGGCCCUCGCGCGCCUUGACGCGCGCACGUGUCCCCUCUGUCGUAUACCGUGCCCAACGACCCAUGCGGAAGCACUCGCGCAAGUUCGCCGCCAUGUGGAGAACGAGGUGCCGGAAGCAAUUACGUGUUUGGGAGACAUGUACCGCAAAGGUCAACUCGGCCUCGUGAAAUCCGAUAAGAAAGCCGCGAAGAUUUACCGGCGCGCCGUGGAGCUCGGAGAUGUGGACGCGAUCGUGAAUCUUGGGUUAUUGCACGAGACUGGACGUGGCGUCAAGCUGGACAAGAAGAAGGCGGAGCGGCUGUAUCGCGCGGCCGCGGACCGGGGACACGCGACCGCGCAAGACAAUUUAGGGAAUGUACUUCGCUCUGAGGAGAAAUUUGAAGAAGCGGUCCGGUACUUUGUGCUCGCGGCGGAUCAAGGCUAUACCAAUGCAGAGCAUAACCUUGGCUACUGUUACCACACUGGAAAAGGCACGGAAGUCGACCUCGGCAAAGCCAGAUACUGGUACGAGCGCGCCGCUGCCAAGGGCAACGAGACAGCUAUAAGGGGCCUCGCGCACCUCGAUGCGCGCGUAUAG